CCCCCCCCCCCCCCCCCCCCCCCAUCUGAGAAUGGUCCUGCGUGCUCAUAUUCCGCUCAUAUUCCUCCGUUCGGGGGGGGUGGUCGGUUCCGACUGUUCUCCCAAGACACUUCCGCUCCGCUACCGCCCCCCGCCAAGAGAAAACCUCUCAAACAGAUCCCCCGGCACGCUCCAAUCCUCCGGAUCCCACGGGUUCCCCCUGCACACCGUCCUAUGGACCAGCUCUCCCGUCAAGGCCGUGAUAUCCAUCCGGGGUGCGAAUCGUGCGAUGCGGUCGCGGAGGAGGGCUGACGUUGGGUGUUGUUCUGUGGUGGUGGUGGGAGAGCAGGGAGUGUUGGGUUCGACCUCGUCUUUGAUGGCGAUUGAGGCGCGUGGGGAGGGGAGGUUUCCGGGUGAGGUGACGGGGGAGCGGGAGGGUGGGGAGGGAAAGGGGGAGGGUUCGAGUGGGGUUGGGGGGAGUUUGUCCUCGGAGGUUGUGGUUGUGGUGGGUGAGACGGAUCCUGACGCUGGUGCUGCGACGGGGGAUGCGGUAAGUGCGCUGGUUGAUGGGUGCAUCUGGGGCGUGCCAGGGAAGCUGGGGUCGGGGGAGGACAUGUAAGAUGCGUGGCUUGUGUUUCGUUGCGGAUGUUGGUUGUAGUGAUUGUUGUUGUGGUGGUGGUGGUGG